UACUGUAGUCUGUUUGCGCGCGAUCAGCCCCGCCGCGGAUCACCGAGCCCAGGCACCAUCAGUCUGUGCGAGCGAGACCUGCACGCGGCCAGGACUGCGGGGUACGUGUGGUGGAGUGUCGCCUUCAGUCCCCUCCAGGGUACCGGGCGGGCCUGGGUGGAAUGAUGCCCUCGGGCCAGGUGGAGGAGAAGCAGGCACCCGAAGAGGAGCCCGGGCCCAGCCCAGAGCACAAGGCAUGGCGCAGGCUGGUGUUCUUCCUCUGCUUCUACGGCUUCAUGGCACAAAUGCGGCCAGGCGAGAGCUUCAUCACCCCUUACCUGCUGGGGCCGUGCAAGAACUUCACGCGGGAGCAGGUGACCAACGAGAUCACACCGGUGCUAUCCUACUCUUACCUGGCGGUGCUGGUGCCCAUCUUCCUGCUCACUGACUACCUGACCUACAAGCCAGUGCUGGUGCUACAGGGCCUGAGCUACGUGUGCGUGUGGCUGCUGCUGCUCUUCGGCAGCUCGGUGCCGCACAUGCAGCUCAUGGAGGCCGUCUACAGCAUCACCAUGGCCGCCCGCAUCGCCUACUCUUCCUACAUCUUCUCGCUGGUGCGGCCUUCCCGCUAUCAGCGCAUGGCCAGCUAUUCCCGGGCCACGGUGCUGCUGGGUGUGUUCACCAGCUCAGUGCUGGGCCAGCUGCUGGUCACGGUGGGUCGCGUGUCCUUCUCUAUGCUCAACUACAUCUCCCUGGGCUUCCUCAUCUUCAGCCUGGGCCUCUCCCUCUUCCUGAAGCGCCCCAAGCGCAGCCUCUUCUUCAACCGCAGCGUGCCUGUGUGGGGGGCCUCGCCCUGCGAGCUGGACCAGAUGCACCCGGGUGCGGGCCGGCCGGAAGCCCACGGGAAGCUGGGGCGCAUGCUGCACACCUGCAGGGACUCCUUCCUGGUGCGCAUGCUGUACCAGCUGGGGGCCAGCCUGCAUCUGCCGCAGCUGCGCCUCUGGUCCCUCUGGUGGAUCUUCAACUCGGCUGGCUACUACCUGAUCGUCUACUAUGUGCACAUCCUGUGGAACGUGGAGUACCCCACUACCAACAGCGCCCGUGUCUACAACGGCGCAGCCGACGCCGCCUCCACGCUGCUGGGCGCCAUCAUGUCUUUCGCCGCCGGCUUCCUGAAGAUCCGCUGGGCCCUGUGGUCGAAGCUGGUCAUCGCGGCCGUGACCGCCUCACAGGCUGGGCUGGUCUUCCUCCUGUACAACACCAAAACACUUGCACAACACCCGUACAACAUCUGGCUUUGCUAUGCGGCCUUCGUGAUCUUCCGUGGGGCCUACCAGUUUCUCGUGCCCAUCGCCACUUUCCGGAUCGCAUCUUCCCUGUCUAAAGAGCUGUGUGCACUGGUCUUCGGGAUCAACACAUUCCUGGCCACCGUUCUCAAGACCUGCAUCACACUGGUGGUCUCUGACAAGCGGGGCCUGGGCCUCCCUGUCCACUCACAGUUCCGCAUCUACUUCGUGUACUUCCUGGUGCUGUCCGUCAUCUACUUCCUGGGAGCACUGCUGGAUGUCCUGCACCACUUCUGGCGGAGCCGCCACCAGCCCUUGCCCGUGGUCCAGGAGUUGCAGAGCCCCUCGGAGAAGGCCGUGCAGGCGCUGAGCGUGCAGGACGGGGCCCUGGGUGGCCUGCAGCCCUCAGCUGCCCCGCUGCCCCCCGAGGAUGGUGUGGGUAGGGGUGGCGUGGGGACCCUGGGAGCCGAGGUCGAGGCCUGACCCUCACCCCCAGCCUCUCCCAGCGGUGGAGGCAGCGCCUCCCAAGUCUGCCGGGUCUGCUGCCCCGAGCCAGGCCUGCAUCCAGCAGGUCACUGGCACCCGGUGCUUGGGACGUGAACUGUGACCCUUGGGCCCUAGUCCUGUAGGAGUCCAAACCACAGGGCCCACCUGCCUUAGCCAGGGGCUCUUGUUGCUGGCAGCCAUUGAGCCUCUUGGCCCUGUGUCUCACUCGCUGGUGGCUGGAGCCUGGUGGGGACACAGGGCAGCCACCUGGCUGCCGGACUGCACGCCAUGCAGUGGGCCUGGGCUGCCUGUUUGGCAGGAGGGGUAGCCUCCCACGUCCCCUGGGCCCCUGCCCUCAUCCCGAGGGAGGCUGCAGGCCAGUCUGUGUGCAGUGGCCACACACACUGUCCCCACCAGGUCCUAGCUUGGGGGGAGCCCUUUCCCCAGGGCCUGGCUGAACUGUGACAGUUCUAAUCUGUCCCUCCAGGGUGGGUGGGAGCUGUCCCCAGCCAUGGCUGUAUUGUGACUCUUCUACUUGUCUUCGGUGCUUGUGUGUGUGGAUGACGCUCUCGUCUUAAAUGAGCUCACAUGAAUCUGUGUCUGGCUUCUCCACUGCAUGCGAGAAGCUGCCGGGGUGGGCACCCCAGCCUCGCUGGCCAGGGCCCCUCAGUGUGGCUCCUGUUCCUGCCGUGAGCUGGUCCUGACCUGUGUGGAAGAGGAGCUUGCAGCCUGUGGGGACCGAGAACACAGCCUCCCAUGAGCUGGGCUUGCCUGGAACACAGGGCCUCAGGGUGGCCGGCCUUCCUGGGAGCCUUCGUUCCAUGGCGAGCCCUGUGCAUUCCGCUCAGAGACCGUGUGUGUUGAGUGCUGUCUCAGACACAUUAAACUGAACCUGUGUGUGUGAUGG